CAGUAGCUAAUAGCUGUUAAAAUGAUUUUUUUUUUAUUACAACUUAAAUUAUGUAAAUAAAUAUCUACAAAUAGAAAUUAUUUGAUUCUUUUAUUAUAACAUUAUGUAAUAUGUCUUGCAGCCAAGAGGCACCAAGCGUUAUGUUGCAGUGUUCUUGUAUCAAUUUAAACGGUAUGAACCAAAUUAUAAUUAUUAUCAUCUAUAAAUGUAUUAUACAUUUGAACUUAAUUGAUUUGUAUGGAUUCUAAAGAAGUAUUUAAACAGAAAAUCAGAGUAAAGUGAAACAGACUACAUUAUGGCUACAGAUUUUGGCUCGUUUGUCAAUCUGUUAUCAGAAUUGAAAACUGUCAAUGAUCUGAGUUGGAGUUUGAAACCCAUAGACCGAAAGGUAGUGAAAUACAAAAUGGAAUCUUAUAAAAUGGAUUUAUCGAUUGAUGAAAAAAGGAAAAUACUCGAAGAUACAGUAAAAAUGUUUAUUAAAAAGAGAAAUACAGUAGAUCAGUUACAAGAUACUAAACAAGUUACAGCAAUGGUGCUGGGAUUGGUAAACGACCUCAAAAGUACCAAAAACUAUGUGACUAUAAGGAUGUUGGGAUACAUUUUGAUUAAAAUCUUAAAAUCCAAGCUCGGAGGUCUAUACAUUAACGAGAUGAAAUUGGUCACGAUGAAACAUAAUUUUCACCAAAAUCCUGUGAUAUUUGUUCCGAGCCAUAGGAGCUACCAAGAUUUUAUUUUAAUGGCAUUCAUUUGUUUUCAUUACGACAUUGAAGUGCCGUAUGUGGCAGCGGCUAUGGAUUUCAAGAACAUGAAGAUAAUGGGAAAUUUGCUUAAACAAUGUGGCGCUUUUUUUUUGAGACGUAACAAAGCAUUUCAAAAUACUGUUUACCGUUCGGCGUUGUACGCGUAUGUUAAGCAUUUACUGGUCUAUGAAACUGCGCCAUUACAGUUUUUUAUCGAGGGUACGAGAAGUCGUGCAAACAAGUCAAUACCACCAAAAUUUGGACUUUUGAAAUGUAUUGUAGAUACUUUACUGAAUAACGAAGUUCAAGACAUCACUCUUGUGUCAAUUUCCAUCAACUAUGACCGACUUCUAGAGGACAAACUAUUUGGUUAUGAACUCUUAGGAAUUCCUAAACCGAAAGAAACAACUAUGGGACUGAUAAGCAGCAUUAAGAAUAUGGAUGGCAAAUACGGUAAUGUUUACGUUAAUUUUUCUUCUCCACUUUCAGUACGACAAUACGUUGACGAAACAAUAAGUAGUGAUUGUUGUUGUGAAAAUGACGUUGUGAAAAAUCUUGCAUACGAAAUAAUGUUUAGGCAACAACACGAUAUGGUAUUGUCGUAUGUAAAUAUUUUGGCAGUCGCGUUAAAUUACAAUUUAUCAAGGCAUUCGAUUAAGACUGUUCAAUUAGAUAUUGUCGUCAAUCAAAUCAACUGGAUAAAAAAUCUCUUAAGAAAAUGUGGGGCCCGUAUCGAAAAUAUUAAUUCCGACGACAGAAGCAGAAUUGUUGAAAUUAUUCAACUGCAUCACAACUAUUUAAUUUUAAAAGACGACCUCAUACAAUUUCGUACUCAUAAUUCACAACAAAAAUUAUGUAAUCUACCAGAUGGUAACUUGAAUUUUUAUAUGGAAACGUUCGAUAAUGCAUUUCCAUUGAUAUUGAACCAACUUUAUGUAAAUCCAACGAUGCAUUUUUUUGUAAACGUAGCAUUCAUCAGUGUAGUGAUCAAUUGUGAAAUUACAUGGAAAAAUAAUUUAUUGGAUUUACGACGCAAAUAUAUUUUGUUGAGGUGGUUGUUUGAAUAUGAAUUUGCAUUUUCUGAAACUUUAGAAAUUGAAGAUUUCAAAAACAGUAUUGCGUUGUAUCGUCAUGUAGACGAUGUAGAAAAACAGCUGCUUCGAUACUCGAUCAUACAUCCUUUCUUGACUGGCUACCAUUUAAUUUACGACGUUCUUAAAGACGUGUCAUCGGAAAGUAUUUCAGAUAAACGCAUCUACAAAUUAGUUUAUCUGCGAAUACAAGAGCGGUUGCUGUUGGCUCCAAGUGAACUUUAUUCAAACUCUAAUCUGUACUGUUUGUCCAAAGAUUUAAUUAAAUUUAACUUGGAAGCACUUGAAAAAAUGGGAGUCAUCAGAAUGACUGUCAAGAGCAACGAAUCAAAAUUUUAUCAAGUCACCAAAACACUGGUGUCGGAAUUGUCAAGUAUUUUAGAUAAUAUCAUUACGUCCAACAACAAUAACAAAGACAUUUUAAAAUCAAAAAUUUAACAGCAGGCUACAUUCUACGUACUGUUUUGUAUUUACUAAUAAUUUCCAAUAGUAUCUACUAGUGUAAGUAUAGAUUAGGGUUUACGAUAAAUCGCCAUAGCUCUUAUUUUGUGCUGCCAAAUUAUAACGUUCCCAUUACAAACAUUCCACAUUUAUAACACUAUUCAGUUGGAAUAGUGUUAUAAAAUUUGGAACAUAGUCAAAUAUUAUGUUAUGUUCUGUUUAAUUGAGUUUAUAAUGUUAUGUUAUGUUAUGUUACGUUAUGGAACCCUAGCCUGGAACACCGGUGUUAAAUUCUACAUUGUUAUACCUCUAGUUUUUAUUUUUUUUAACUGAUCUCGAAUUUGUUUUAUCUUAUUUGUUAUUUCUUACUUAUUUAAAUAGUUAAAUAUUAUAUUACACUUAUUUCAUAGUAUUUAUUAUUAUAGAUAACAUAAAAUAUCCUUAGAACUGUAUGAAUUAUAACGUAUAAUACUAUUUAUUAUACAUUUUGUUGUAUGAAAAUAUGUUGUUAAAUAAAAAAUUAUCACGCA